GCACUACAACCUAGCCAUGGGAGAUGGGUGGGGUGAGGAAUAAGAAUUCCUCGCCCAGGGUGACGAAUAGCGCGAAACUCUAUUAGUAAGCCAGGGUGAAGAAUAAGUAAUUCUUCACCCCCGUCGAUCGAGUCAAGUGAUGGUCACCUAAAAUCACAUUCCACCGAUGUAAUUUUACGUGAUGGAAACUGUUGGAUGGUCCUAUGAGCUAGCCCACUCCAUCAUACUAAAAAACAUGCGAGCAGUUUUCUUAUCACUCAUCGGCGUUCCUCUCUCCAUCGGACCCUUCCUAUCUCGCCAUUGCGGAGGCGGCAGCAGCGACGACGCCGGAGGGACGACCAAGAGGCGAUGGCUACCUCUCUCGUGUGUGGAGUAUUUCCCUUUCCCUCUCUCACGCGGCAGCGAUUUGGAGGCGACGUGGGCGCUGCAAAGGUCCGGCGCAAGCUCGGCUGCGACAACGGACUUCUCCGACGCCCCUCUCCACAAUUGGCGGUCCUCCCGCCGGCAAAUGAGGAUUGAAAUUCUGCCAAGAAAUCUUAGAGCAGAAGAUGUUUGCAAGGGACUUGGAAGACGAGGGAAUGCUGCGCAGGCGAGAAAAUGGCAAUUUGGAGAAAUUCGUGGUUACCAGCAGUCUCGAGUUAGAUUUAUUUCAAUUGCAACCAGGCAGAGUGUUGUGAAUUUGAAUUUGGGUGUGCAUGAUCUUACUAGCUUCUAAUUCUACUGAGCCAUACGGAUGAUGGUGUGUUUGCUCUCACACAUUUAUUCAAAGGAUCAUUGUGAUGAAUGAUACCAAUUCUAGGUUGCUGGUAACGCAUUUUCACACCAUCCGUAUGCUUGUGGUAGUCAAUAUGAUACAGGAGCAUUAAUCCGUGGAUUUCGUUUUGGU